GGUUGUUGUCACAUGGUUUGUGUUUGCAGGCUGAGCUGAGGGGAGGAGGAGUUUUGGAGCAGAAGUUUGUGUUAAGAGAAAUCCUGCCGCAUUUUUUUUUUUCUCAUGCAGCCCCCUCAACAAGUUGAAGCACUGAAUCGGAUCAAGGUAGAGCUGCUUUGACCAAAACAGCCUAUUAUGGAAAUCCCUGCCAUAAAUCUAAAGGCCAUAGUACUGGUGCACUGGCUGCUUACAGUAUGGGGAUGCAUGGCGUGGCUGCCCACCUCCUUCGCUUGGGGCAACUUCAGCGUUUUAGCAAUCGGGGUCUGGGCCAUUGCACAGAGGGACUCGAUCGAUGCCGUGAUCAUGUUUCUGGCGGGGAUGAUUGUGACAAUAUUGACCGACAUCAUCCAUUUUGGGAUCUACUACCCGCUGAAUGACCUCGCAAUACCGAGGGGGCGGGACGUGUUUCGCUUCAGCGCAGGAAUGGCCAUCCUCAGCCUGCUGCUCAAACCUGCGUCCUGCUUCUUUGUUUACCAAAUGUACCGCGAACGUGGAGGAGAUUACAAUGUCAACUUUGGUUUCCCCUCUGUAUCACGAAACAGAGACGCCUACCAGUCCAUUGACCAGCAGGACGAGUCUUCCAGCCCAGCGAAUCCCUUCAACCAGGCCCAGGACAGCAAACCAGGAGUCCGCACAUACUGAGAGAAGCAGGCGGUGAACAGUACAGUGUUUUCCUCUGACUUCUUGUGCAGCAGUGCGUUGCUUAGAGGCUGGUUUUACAAUCGGUCCAUUUGUUUCGUACAGUCGGUCGUCUGCAGAUUGCAGCAUCUUCAUUAUGGUAAAUCAUUCAUUAUGUGUGGGUUUUAGAAUGAUACGUGGCGUAAUAAAACCCAUUUAAAUUUUUUCUUCAAAGGUGGGAAUGUGUUUUUUUGCUGAGCCGGCGCGUCACUGCUGAAUGAAUACAGAGGAACAACUGCUCCACCGCUCUGUUAUUGUCUUAACCGGCUACUAUUUUUAGUGGAGAGAUGUUGAAUGGAACUGUUGUGUUUGCGGGAGGUUUUGUUAGUUUACUUUUUCCAAGUGAGUCAUUUUUACAAAAGGUGGCACUUACAGACAUUAAGAGUCAUGUCUGUUUCUCUUUGUGUUCUGUAAAUUAUUAAGUACCCAUUGUAUGCAGUGUGUUAUUUUCCAGUUAGUCUUCGCUUUACGGCACAGCCAUGCUUAAAGCACUGGGGAGUUUUUAACACAAGAGUGUCGAGCCUCAGACGCUACCUUGUGCCUUCGUACCUUUUCAGCUAACAAGAGCCGUGAAAUCCUUCGACUGAGUUGAACACAUGACGACUAAAAUUGGAGUUCCGGGCCUUUUCAAUUAUCUUCACGUUGAUCUAUUCAAACUUUUAAAAAAAAAAAGAGAAAUAUGAAGAUUUUCUUUAAUGAUCAAGUAAGGGUCGGUUCUCUGUGUAUAAAAAACAAAAUGUUCUCAUUUCAAACCAUUUUAAAUGUAUUAUUCUUAUAGUUAUUGUCAUAAGUGAAGGGCCUCGAGACGCAGACACUCAUUUGUUAUGUAAAUCUUCUUUCAAUGAUCAAGUUAAUGUGUAUAAGCAGUAGACAUGAGACAUCAAAAAUGUCAAAUGAAGGGUUUUAAGCCUUGAAAUAUUCACAGCAACACUGUCAUUAGUGCUCAGUGAACAAUGAAUCGUAUUGGAUACGAUUCAUUGAGCAUAGAAUGAAGUGCGCACUCGGUUUUAGUGUGUCGAUGACGUUAAAGUUAUAGCGGUUAGAGCAUAAGGAAAGCAGACUUUGCUGAGUGAUUGCAUCAUUAGGAUUCUUCACAGCCAGUUCUCUUUUGUAAGUGUUACAAGUUUGAGGUUCCCGUUUUGAAAUCACGACGAGUGUACGUGACACAACACAGGUGUGGUGACUACAGUAGGUUGGUUACAUUAUGUGAACUAGAAGAUAAUAGGUCUUAAUUCAGUGUAUGCACGGAGAUACAGUGGCCCAGUUGCAAACCCAGUGAGCCUAUAAGAUCCCCACACUAAAACGACUGCAGUACCACAUAAUGUCCACAUACUCUGUGAUAACUCGGAGAUAAAGUCAGAAUUUGAAACUUCAGUUUGUCGCACUUUUUUUUAGGAGGUUAGAAAAUAAACAAGCUCGUGCUGUCUGGUGCUCGGAGAUGACUGUGGAUAUCGCUUUCGUAAUUCCGUUCAUAAUAAAGAUAAUUUUAAAAUUGAUAAUAAACAAAAAAUUAUUUAAUUUUAAUUUUUUUUUUUUUUUUUUGCACCAGGAGCAGUGUGUUUAGGAGUAGGCAACUCACGGGGGUUUUUAAUUAAGCGAAAAGGUACGACAAGAUAAUAUACAGCUGGGAAAAAGGCGUCACGUAGAGAUUAAGUAAUUCUUAUUGUCUCGAUACCUGUUAAGUACUAGUUUUCUAGGAAACUGUAAAAGUAUUUACUAAAAGAAUAUGCAUCUUUUUUUUCCUCAUGCUGUUAAAUUUGCUUCAAGGAUCCCAAUGAAAAGGUGGGCAUAUCCUAAAAUAUAGGGCCGACAUUGCCUUAUUUUAGCUGUAGCGGCUUAAUGACACUUGUUCUCAGAAAGAAUGGAUUUGAUAGGCACGAGGAAAGACUACUUCAAAGAUACAAAGACUAUUACUACUACUACUGAAAGGUUUUCACUAAGUUGAGAUUAUAAAAGAAGAUGUGGAAAAAUGAACGUUUUAAUGAAAAUAUUCCAGCUCUGCCUUAAUUUUGGUCUUGAUUUUUUUUCCCAAAUGUUUUUUCUGUGACUGAUCAUAUUUGCCACAUUUUGUUUUUGGUUUUUCAACAACAUGUUUGUUUUUGUCAGGAUUUUUCAUUUCAAGGUUGGUACUGAUUUGAAAUGUUAUAUGGCAUGUAGUUUUUUUUU